AUGCCUCCAGAUGCUCUAGAACCGCCAAAGGGCUCGGAUGCAAAAAAGUCUAAGAGCAAGGGGAAAGUCCAGCUAGAUCCACUGAAAACAAUUACUGCCCCUGGAUCUUCGGUUACAAGGAUUGCACAGGCUUGCGAUCGAUGUCGAGCGAAAAAGUCCAAGUGUGACGGUAAACGACCUGCUUGUUCAGCAUGUGCUGCAGUAGGCAUCAAGUGUGUUGUAUCCGACAAGCUCUCCAGAAGAGCGUUUCCCAAGGGGUACACGGAAACUUUGGAGGAGAGAAUCCGCCAGCUUGAGGCAGAAAACACAAAGCUCCAGGGGCUCCUUGAUCUUCGAGAUGAACAACGAGGGAUCAAUAGCUCAAUUGGCGAUGUUUCCAACAGCAGGUCCGAUUCUGAUCUGGACUCCUCUCGACAUAAUGAGAGCUCGAAUAUUCCAAACUUCCUGAACCCUCAUUCUGUGCUUCACACACAUACUCAUGGUGAUGGUUGCGCCUGUUGUUCUGGAAGCAAUGUUCUCCACGAAAGGCCUGUAUCGCUAGCAGGGUCAGUCUACGGUGAGUCUGGAAACGUUUCAGUUCCUCAGUCGGUACUCAGUGAGGAUGACGAUGACACUCAUAGUCUUUUGAGUCUCGAGGACCCGCUGUUCCUGAGCCAAAGCAGACCUUUCGAGACGAGGUUCAAUUCAUUUCCUAACAAGGAGGUCAGCCCAGCACCAGGCGCUUUCGCUGCUGCCACUGCCAUCGAACAAAUGCAAAAGAUGCCGACUCCUCAAGACCAGCAGUUGGAGGAAGAGAGCAAACAGAAGCUACUUACACAUCUUUUAGCCGCUUCAAUUCCAAGAAGCACAGAAGAGACGUUAUUUAUUCCCACACUUCUCGCCAAAAUAUGCCAGGUCUAUGGAUAUGGGUCAAAGCCUGCCAUAAUUACAGCAAACGCAUUAGCUUCUCUUAAGGAGACGCUAGACUCCCAAAGUCUCUAUCAGCCCGACUACAGUGAGGAGGCUGACUUGAUGUCUCUCAUAAUGGACAGAACAGAUGUCACCAAUUUGAGCCACUACGAAGCCAUGAGAUUUCUCAAAAUGUUACACCUUCCGAACAGAGCAGAGCUCGAUCAUCUACUCACACUAUACUUCAAAGAAUGGGGCAAUAUCAUGCCUUUGGUAAACAAGGGUGUAUUUCUCAAAAACUUCUUGAAGCUUGAUAACCUCGCCGAUCACAAUGCAGACGAGCCAAGUUACGAAUACUCAUAUGAGCUGACAGAGAAGGUGGGAGCACUUAUGGUACUUGUUGUCUCGUUCGGUAUCCUCUCACAGAAAUUUGAGCUCAUGCAUUCAAACGACAAGGUGGAGCUUCGUCAUAGAGCAGCAUUGCUCAAUCGUUAUGACAAGUUGAUCCACGAGUUUAUCAAGCCCAAUUGUUUAAUCACCAAGUACUGUUCUUUACAGUCCCUUCAAAUUCUUGCAUUGGCCCUUCAGUACUGUCUAGCAAUUGGAGACGUCACUACUUGUUAUGAACUCCGUGGACGUGUUAUUUCAAUGGCUCAGCAGCUAAGGUUGCACAGAUGUCCUGCUGCUGUGCUCGGACUCAACGGUAAAGACAUCAACAAUGUGAACCUUCAAAACUUCAUGCAAGGUGAGCGUCGUAUCUUAUUUUGGUGCAUCUACUGUCUCGACGCCUAUUCCUCUUUGAACUUGGGUAUUCCUCGACUUUUGAAGGACUACGAAAUCGAGUGUGCUAUGCCAUUCAGCGGCAGUAGUGAAGAUGAAAGAGAUAAUGAGAAUGUCUUGAUUGUUAACAAUACCAAGUUGACUAUUUUCGGCAGAGUCUCCAAACUGGCUCUCAGUCUGAUGCAAUAUUGCAAGGUUUUGGGCAACAUUAUGGAUUCCAUUUUCACGAGAUCUGGAGAUGUGAAUGUGUCUGAGCGUGCAUUAGAGAAGGACAGAAUUUUGGAAUGCUGGAGAAGAGAUCUUCCACAAGAUCUCAAAUUUGAGAUCGAUGUUAAUGGCUUUUCUCUUCGGGAUCACACGAAUAUCAAACUAGCAGGAGGAAUGGAGGGAACCAAUUGGAGUAUUUACAGUCGACACCAGCUCGUUAUGAUAUUCUUAUACUACCAUGCCAAGGUUUUAAUUUAUUUGCCAAUUAUUUCCAAAUAUGGCUACCACCACAACGUUGGUUUGUCCAUGAAGGAAAGAGUUGACCUGAAGCAAAGGGAUGUUGCAAGUGUGAUUUCGAGUAUGACAAUGAUACAGCAAUCUUCGAUACAGAUUUUGGAAGUGAUGAAAAUAAUGGCAUCCAACUCAGCAUAUUCGAUUCCAAUCCCGAUCAAUCUACCAAGAGAAAAAGCCCGCUUUGCUUUACUUGUUGCUAAGGGCUCACUUGAUUUCAUCAAGGGAGGUCCUCUUCAUCAGUCGCUGAAAAGCCUUCUUAUUCUGACAUUGUCAGAGUUUAAUCAAGAGACAGAGAUGCAGAUACCUGGCGGUCUUACACCCAAUUCUACGAGACUUCUUGAGCUCUCAAUCAUGAGCAUCUUGGGCAUCUCACCGUUGAAGAACUCUAACAACCUAAGAAAGCGGGUCAUGCUGGACAGGCCUAUUAGCAAACAAGCGGUAAUGAGAGACGCUUUAUAUGUCAACGGAAUGGAGGACCAAUCAUAUACCAAACCCAGACAAGCUUCUACUUUUGUGAAGAGCGAGAGCAUGGAUCUGCCAAGCUUGGACAUUCCAACACAAAGUCCUACAAUUGACAUGAGUAAUUCCAACAAUGACUCGAAUGGAUCGUCCAACGAAGAAAGUCUCGAGGAACUUCUUCAUUUCGACCCAUUCACUAUGAACUACAGUAACCAGCUUAUGGCGACCGAUUUUGCAGCCGACGGAUCGCUUGGUCUCGUACCCUUCCUUAAUGAAAAUCCUGACGAGUACAGAGACGACGAUCAAAUGAGCGAUCGAAUUGACGAGGAUGGUGGGGCUGUUUCGUUCGGAUGGUAA